CUAAACGAUCAUAUCUACACACAUCUGUACACACACAUAGCAUCUGCCCAUGGACCAUCUCAUCCUCCCCGAUGGCGCAUCACCGUACAUUAUCGUGCCAUACAAAUGCACCGAGAGCUACGACGGAGGCGACUUCCUCACUUACCCAGAACGCAAAGGCUGGACCAAAGACAUCGAAGAUUACGACUUCAGUCGACGAACUCCUGCCGAAUUGAAUGCAUUCUUUCAGACAUGGCUAUUUUUUGGAUGCCUCACAGAGGUCCUGAAAGCUGGCAGGUUGCAAGUUGAUAUGAGCGACUUUAUAGACACGACGUCGAAUACAGUCACCACAAAAAAGCUCCCACAACUAAUCGUUCAAUGGAGGUCGCUCUGGCCCACGUCCAAGGGCGUUGCAAAGGCAUGCAAGUGCAGAUCUACGCAAAAUAUUGCACCAUACGAAGAAGGAUGUGGACGCAAGCGAUGCUGGCAGUCCGUCGUACGCGAUCGUAACUCCAGCGCUCUUCGCACUACCCGCAUGAUCCUCCGUACGGUCUUUCGUUUCAUCGACCUCAUAUGUGGUAUCAAAGGAAACGACACUGGUGUUGACGAGGACCAGGCCGUCCCACCCAUCACUCCGCUAGACCCAGAGAUCGCUCUGUCUAUUUCUGCCCUUGGAUCUACACUCCUUAACGCUUCCAACGUCGUGUAUGAAUGUCGUUUUGAGGAGCUGGGGUGGGGAGGCACUGCAAUAAUGAAGGAACGUUUUCAGCAAGCGAACUGGUGUCCAUCGCGCAUAGCGAUGACUAUAUUUCGAAUAGGCAUCGAAGGCCUAUACUUCUGCGCUGCAAAUCCUAUGAAGGAGGCUGGUGAUCAUUCAAAAUGCAGCACCAGGAGAUGCGUGGCACAGACUGUAGACGAGGACCACUACCCUACAAGGCAUGUCCCGGGUUGCUCCUGCGAAGCCACCGGAGUUCCGCUGGAGGAACUGCUAGAUAUCAUUCGGCAGGGUGAUGAGGGCCACACGCCGGUCGUGACCUGGGCGGAAGGAACCGAUGGAUUGCCGGGUCGAGCAGUGAUCUCCGAUGCGUCCGCUGUGAACUUAUUGCCCAACUCUAAUGUUUGUAGAUACGUCGCGAUUUCACACGUGUGGUCUGAAGGACUAGGAAAUCCGACCGGAAAUACACUUCCCAUCUGUCAGAUAUCGCGAAUCCAAAAGAUGGUCGACGAACUCUUUCCGGAUCGUGGCGUUGACCAGCAUGUUCCAUUUUGGAUGGAUACUUUGUGCGUUCCGGUAGGUGAUAAUUUGAAGGAGUAUCGGAAGAAGUGCAUUAUCAGAAUGCGGACAAUAUACCAGGAGGCGGCAGCAGUCCUUGUUCUCGAUGUCGGGAUGCAGGAGGUCUCUUCGUCGGCUUCAAUCCCGAAUCGUGCUGUUGCCCUUUUUCAGUCAGAAUGGUGGCGGAGACUCUGGACAUACCAAGAGGGCAUCCUUGCCAAUCGACUUUAUCUUCGGCUCAGCGAUGGAGUACAGGACGUGUAUGCGAUGGGCGGAGAGCUGCAAGAAUACUACACGGAGCUGGAACAACGUGGCUAUACCAGCACUACAAUGCAUUCUUUGGAUGUUUCUAUUUACUUCGGCUUAGGGAGGUGGUAUACCGCCAACGAACACAAGCGUGACAUAUAUUUUCUCCCAAUGAGCGACGCCAUUUCGAACCGGAGGACAACGAGAGGCUCUGACGAGACUUUGUGCUUGCCCACAGUUUUAGGUAUCCACCCGGCGCCCUUUCUGAGGAUUGAAGGCCAGAUGCCUUUUCUCCUCCGCUGCAUCGGCAGCUUUGGCCGUCGAAUUGUAUUCAACAACUUUCCGCGUUUCAAGAGGGUUGUUCAGGCUGGGAUUGAAGCCCAAGUUAUCGACCGCAGGAUGGAAUUGUUCCUCCACUACAUCCGAAAGUUCGCUCGUGGGAUCAUUUUCAACAGUUUACCGCGUUUGAAAAGGGAUGGUUAUCGAUGGGCACCUCGCUCGUUGCUGGGCAACUCGUACGCACCUGAUGUUAUGGGGGCGGGCUACAAUAUCGUAGGUGUAGAUCAUCCAGCCUAUGAGGCCGUUUUGCACACCGAUCGCCGUGGUAUCGAGGGGUUGGUCGUACGAUACCCCGGUAUGUGCCUGCAGCCUUUAGCAAGCCGUCAUCCCACCACCGUCAUCGUCGGGGACGGAGAAGUCCGUUAUCGCAUUCGCCUCCAUCUGGAUGAAACCUCAGAUUUCUCUGGCUGGAAUCACACGGCACAAUAUAACCUGGUUCUCGCACAAAAACCUGUGGCCGUCACGAACGUGCCUCAGGAGGAGCACCCAGUACUGGUUGAAGUAAGGCGCCGUGGGGACCUUCCUGGACUUGGUAGUAAAGUCAUUAGGAUACGGUAUGUGUGUCGAGCGUGGGUUACCCUUAUAGACGGGCACGAAGGUUUUGAUGUGAAGGGUAAGAUUUUACCUGAAGAAUCGGUUGUUUGGUUUAUGUUAUGAAGGCUGCAGACGUAGACACAUACUGCGUGAGUUAGGAUGGGGGCUUCAUCAGGAAGCGAAUAGAUGGUUUAAACCUGUUUAAACGUGUCACUGAUUGGUCAUGCUGAUGUUAUGCCACAUAUGGAUCACUCUCUGCUGUGGUUUUCUU